AUGAGCGGCAAAGGCUGGUGGAACAGUGCCAUAUCAGGCCUCGAGUCCCGUCUUGACACCAUCUUGGCUGAAGAUGACCAGGCAAGUGCGAGGCUGCGGGCAGCUGAGACCGCUACCAAGCAAGAAGCGGGCGGCGAGACUGCGCCUGGAGAAAGCAAGUUGGCAGCUGAGCCAGCGCGGAAUACCUCUCGAAGCCGGCCCAACUCUCGACUACAAGAUCGCCUGGCCAAGGCCGUGAACAAGGGAGCAGACAAGGCAGAGGGACGAGCCUCGUCAGACUUUGGGUCGCGGCCGGCAAGUCCAGCGCUGCGAAACCAAGCAGUAGCUGCGGUUGUCGACACAUCAAGAACGAGUAUAGACUCAAAAGCAGGCUCGGAACCGGUGACCGACGGCGCAUCGACGGCGCAGGCCGAGGACAGCAAGAAUGUAAACGAUGCAAAGGACCAUGCUAUCCCGUGGACCUCUACAGAAACAACUGCGCCCGUCAUCCCGUUGCCAACAGUACUCUCGCCACAGACCACGUCUAUACCGUCCAUUGUCGCUCCAGAAGCAGAUACUCUACGCCAAUCACUCGAAAGCAGUCCCUCGCAGCCCUCCAUUGAUGUAGCCACCCUUGCGCCAUCAACACGAGACCCUGAAGAAGUCGAGGCUGAGCUGGUCCUCCUGCAAAAGACUUACGAGCAGGCAGUCAUCGACAGUCGUGAGGAAGUAAACGGUCACCUAGAGCGAAUUGAUGCUCUGCAAUCAAAGCUCACCUAUCUUUCGCAGCAACUAGCCUCUUCUUCGAAAGCAAUGAUCACAAAUGGAGAGAUAACAUCAGAGGGCAAGCAGUUGGCAGAAAAGGAUGCGCAAAUCGCUGCUCUCAUGGAGGAAGGCCAGAAGCUGUCAAAAACCGAGAUGAAGCAUCUUGCGACAAUCAAGAAAAUGCGCACCAAAGCACAGGAGCAAGAAAAGGACAUCACGACCCUGAAACAGCGCUUGACCAAAGCAGAGAAGAGCAUCACAGAACAAGCAGAAAGGGCCAAGCGGGCUGAAGCUGCUGAGAGGGCGGCGCAAGAUAAGCUCAAGAUUGUUAGCAAGAUCGAGAAAGACAUCGAGCUGAUCAGAGCUGAGCGCGAGGAAGCUGGCCUGACCAUUUCCGAGCUUCGCAAACAACUCAACGAAGCGCUCUCACGCGCUGAGGAUGCCGAAAAAAGGGCACAGACGGGAGCAUUGGAGGCUGAGAAGAGGGCAACGGCGUCUUUAAAGGACGACUUUGAAAACCUUCGUAUCGAGAAGAAACUCGCCGAAGACCGUGCAAAACGAGAAACGCAGGCAGCUCGGGACGAGGCGAAAAGCCAACAAGAAAAGGCAAAGCUCGUCGAACUUGAGCUGCGCGGCGAGAUUACCAAUCUCGAAACCAAACUCGAACUUCUUCGUAGUCGAACCGAGGAAGCCACAUCAUCAGCCACUGGCGAUUCUCAAGCCAAAUUACUUCGGCAGAUUGAAACUCUACAAACACAAUACUCACUCGCAUCGGAGAACUGGCAAGGUAUUGAAACCACCCUGACUUCGCGUGUUGCAGCGCUAGAAAAAGACCGCGAUGAGAUCGCGAAACGUGAAUCGGACGUGCGUCGUAAAGCGAGAGAAGUCAACUCCAAAGCUAGGAGGCUAGAAGACGAACUCGAGACGAUCAAUGAGCGUGCCCGGGCAUUUGAACAUAGUCUUGCAGAGCAAACGUCCGCGGCGCAGAAACUGCAGGCGAGAUUAAGUCAAGCAGAAGUGGCUGCGCAGGAAGCACGAACCGAAUUAGAACGCGAGAGGAAGGUCUGGGAGGCAGAGUUGCAGCAAAAACUGGAAGACGAGAAGAUCAAGUGGAAACAAGAGAUGCACAUGGUUCCACUGCUUGGUGAAAACAAUCACUUGCGUGCGGACUCGCCGUCCACGUCACAACGGCGACACUCGCCUGACCCCAUGGGAAUCGGAAUCUACAAUCGUCGCGCUGUAUCAAGGGGUUCAGAGAUGCCGCUGACUCCCAUGGACCGCAUGUUUGAGGAGGCUGCUCGACGACCAACGGCGACGCGACAAAAGUCGGGUGGAGCCAAAGCUCGAACACCAGAGCUUGGGACGUUGUCACGACAGGACUCGAUCCCGUCGAGUAUGGUAUCGUAUAUGAAUGGAAAUGGUGGAGGCAGCUCGGUGACAGGCGCAACCAUGGAUGCACCCUCUAUCCAUGCAAUGGACCACGAAGACGCAUUUGAAAACAUGUCAAGUCCGCACCGAACGAUCAACGACAUGAUAUCCGUGUCCACGGUUGGCGCAGGGCCGUCUGUUCAACUGGUGGAGCGCAUGAGCGCUGCGGUGCGACGCUUGGAGUCUGAAAAGGCAACCUCCAAGGAAGAAUUACAACGGCUGGCUGCGCAGAGGGACGAGGCGCGGGAAGAGGUGGUGAGGUUGAUGCGUGAGGUUGAGGAGAAGCGCAAGCAGGAUGAGAAGGUGGGAGAGCUGGAGAAGAGGCUUGGUGAGAUGGAGGUUCGCUACCAGACUACGCUGGAGAUGUUGGGGGAGAAGACGGAGCGGGUGGAGGAGUUGGAGGGCGAUGUUCAGGAUCUCAAGAAGAUGUAUCGCGAGUUGGUGCAGACUAUCAAGUAG